AUGUCAUUCGAUACACUACACUGGUCGAGUCCUACCCGUAAAAAUAACAACGAAAUUCUAUCACCGAUACCCAAUGAGAUAUAUCUCGAAAUCUUGAGCUAUGUUCGCGACAGCUCCUUCGCUUCUCGCACGUUGUUGAAAUUGGUACGCGUAUGCCGUUUUUUUGGCGUUAUAGUUAUUCCUUGGCUGUUUGAACGAGUGGUGGUUAAACCUAGUGGUGAAAAUGACGCGUACUCCCCCCAAAACUGUGCAGAGUUCUGCAGGAGCAUACACAAUGGCGACGAACAUGCAAAAACAUUGGCGCAGUAUGUAAAGACCUGCGUUAUGGUGAACUGGGAUACACGCAAAGAAGACACUGGUCGAUGGAUUGCUCCGUUGUUUGCUUUGUAUACCAAAUCCAUCCAGACUAUGACGAAUAUUCAAGAACUCGACAUUUGUCUGACGCACAUCACAAAACACGUACUAAAGGCGAUGAGCUGCCUACCGCGGUUGGAAAGCUUGAAGCUGACUGAAUGCAGCCUGGAUCCUCAUGUCGAUAUCAAACAUCUUGCCAAACUUUCUAGUCUUAAGUUGAAGAAGAUAUCAUUCAUUGGGAUACCACCGAUGGCACAGGAACUCUUGGAUGAUUUUGCCAGUAUCGGCAUACUAGGAAGCAAUCCGGAAUCUGUCCAUCCCUUGCUCGAUCAUUUGAACUGGGAGUACAUCACUGACUUGAACACUACAAAUUGGUACCUUGUUGACUUAUUAUCAGCCGUCAAAGGCGACCUUCGUCUAGAAAGCAUGUCCCUAUAUCCUUACUUCAUGGAAGAUAAUUUGGACCUUGGAGCUCUCGUAUCGAUAUUGGUUAGGGCACCAGCGCUUCGAGACCUCCGUAUUGUGGACCCACCUAGCAAUUUUUCGACAACUCUACCGGAGCCAUUGCAUCUGCCAGCUCUGAAUAUUCUGGAAGCUCCGCCAACUUUAAUGGCCUCAAUAGUUCCGGGUAAGCCUGUCGAAGCAGUGGAACUCCACGAUAAAACCCUUUCCAAGCACCCCGAUUAUAUACUCGACGCUUUAGCUUUAUCUUCCAAGCCUAUCGUCAAAGUGCGCACCACACCGGAAUUUUACAAGGCGGUACCAUUCUGGAAAUAUUUUCCAAACCUCACUACACUAGGCCUGACAAUCGAACUCAGUCAUCCAUCUCUCAACAGCCUCGAAAAGGUUAGUUGUUUGUUCUCUGAGCUCGGAUACACAUCUGAUGUUCACGUACAGGCGCUUUCUGACACUCUGUGCGCGUGGCCCAGGCACCCCGGUGUUCGAUCUUUUCAUACCAGGGCAAACAUGGGAGAUGACUCUGACGCCUUCCUUGAUCUGAUCCGCCAAAAUGCUUGGAUAAAGGACAUUAUUUUUCCGCAAAUAUCCAGUUUGCGAAACUGUCAGUUUUUUUAUUGUCUUUCGUGGUUCUACGUAGAAGAAGAUGACCACUGGAAACCUGAAAUAAUACCAUCCCACGCCCAAGAGGUUGUCGGUCGUCUACUUGUCGCUGAAUAUAAGGACUACGAUAAUUGCUUCGAAACACUUUUACUCCAUAGUAAAGGUUAA